CCGCCGACGUCCUGCACGUCUCCGCCCCAGCGCCGAGGGAAGGAGGAUCCGGCAUUGCGCAUCGGACCCGCGCCGCGACGUACCUUCUCCCGCGCUUCUCCCGCCGCCGACCCGGCGCCGCCGCGGCGCCUUCACCGGAACGCUGAUGGAUCUAUUGAGGAACCCUUUCAAGGGAGUGGUCGCUGAUGUCAAAGGAAGAGCAUCUUGGUACAAGGACGACUGGGUUGCAGGGUUCCGAACAGGAUUCAGGAUAUUGGCACCUACCAUGUAUAUGUUCUUCGCGUCUGCGCUCCCUGUCAUCGCCUUCGGAGAGCAGCUGAGCAACGAAACAAAUGGAAUCCUGAGCACAGUCGAGACAUUGGCAUCCACAGCGAUAUGUGGCGUAAUACAUUCCUUUCUCGGAGGGCAGCCACUGCUGAUCGUUGGAGUGGCAGAGCCUACAAUUAUCAUGUACACGUACCUCUACAACUAUGCCAAGAAGCAGCCGGGUCUGGGGGAACGGCUAUAUUUGGCUUGGGCUGGAUGGGUCUGCAUUUGGACUGCUAUCAUGCUCUUUCUUUUGGCAAUGAUCAAUGCUUCCAAUGUGAUAAGCAGAUUCACAAGGGUUGCAGGAGAGCUUUUUGGGAUGCUCAUCACUGUUCUGUUCCUGCAGCAAGCUAUCAAGGGAAUUGUGAGCGAGUUCAGUAAGCCUUUGGAAUUUGAGAUUGCCGACCGCACUUCACCGAUAUACCAGUUCCAGUGGGUAUAUGUCAAUGGCCUACUUGGUGUUAUCUUUUCAAUUGGCUUGCUAUACACUGCAUUGAAGACUAGGCGGGCAAGGUCAUGGCUGUAUGGCAUAGGAUGGCUUAGAGGCUUCAUUGCCGAUUAUGGUGUCCCUCUUAUGGUAGUAGUGUGGACAGCAUUUUCAUAUGCACUACCAAGCCAUGUCCCUUCAGGAGUGCCUAGGAGGCUCUACAGCCCACUUCCCUGGGAGUCAAUUUCACUAGGACAUUGGACCGUAGCAAAGGAUUUGUUUUCCGUCCCUCCAGCAUAUAUAUUUGCAGCGAUCGUGCCUGCUUUGAUGGUUGCAGGACUUUAUUUCUUUGAUCAUAGUGUAGCUUCACAGUUGGCUCAGCAAAAGGAGUUUAAUUUGAAGAAGCCUUCUGCUUACCAUUAUGACAUUUUGGUACUUGGGUUCAUGGUCCUACUAUGUGGUUUGCUUGGAAUUCCUCCAUCAAAUGGAGUGCUUCCUCAGUCCCCCAUGCAUACAAGAAGCCUUGCUGUACUCAGGGGACAGUUUCUACGUAAAAAGAUGCUUCAAACUGCCAAAGAGGGGAUGGUGAAAAGUGCUAGCAGUUUGGAAAUAUAUGGCAAGAUGCAGGAAGUUUUCAUCCAAAUGGAUAGCAUACAGAAUGCUGAUUUUGUUGACAAGGACUUGAAGAGUUUGAAGGAUGCGGUGCUGCGUGAAGGUGACGAAGAAGGGAAAUUGGCUGGAGAAUUUGAUCCUAGAAAACAUAUUGAAGCCCAUUUGCCUGUUCGCGUGAAUGAACAGAGACUAAGCAACCUGCUGCAAUCCUUACUAGUUGGUUGCUGUGUUGGAGCCAUGCCAGUUAUCAAGAUGAUACCCACUUCGGUUCUCUGGGGUUACUUCGCCUAUAUGGCCAUCGAUAGCCUACCUGGGAACCAGUUUUGGGAAAGGAUACGGCUUCUGUUCGUUGGAGCAAGCCGACGCUACAAGGUCUUUGAAGGUCCCCAUGCAUCUUUUGUGGAGUCGGUGCCUUCAAGAACAAUAUCUGUCUUUACGAUCUUCCAGAUUGUCUAUCUCUUAAUAUGCUUCGGCACAACAUGGAUACCAAUAGCAGGGAUCCUCUUCCCUCUACCCUUCUUCCUCAUGAUUCUCAUAAGGCAGCACGUUCUACCAAAGUUUUUCGAGCCCAAUGACCUGCGGGAACUGGACGCAGCUGAGUAUGAAGAACUUGAAGGGGUCCACCUCGAACACACACUGGAGGAUGAUUGCUCUAUUCCAGGAAGCUGUGACAACAGAAAUGAUGCUGAGAUAUUGGAUGAGCUCACAACAAACCGUGGAGAGGUGAAGCACAGAGCUGUAACCCAUCGUGAAGAAAAGCACCUUCAGGUCCAUUCAAAUGCUGUUCAACCAAGAGCGCUUUCGGAUCUUCAACCUGUUGCCAUUCAUCCAAGCUUCCAUCCGACACCCCCAGCGACGAUGAGCUACACCUCACAGCUUCCAUCCGACACCUCCAGCGAGGGCAAGUCUGCUGGAUUUCGCCAUUGGUGGGACAGAACCCGGACGCCCAGCAGCGGCGGCGAUUCCCUGCCGGCACUUGACAGCGAGGAGGAAUGGCUGGGCGUGGAGGAGGACGUGGAGGAGGAAGGGUCAGAGGAGGCGGUGGCCCGUGCGAAGGUGGAGGCGGACGCGAAAGCGAAGGCCAAGCCCCAGACCACGAUCGUGCAUCAAAUUGACAUGGAGAAGCCCCAAAUUGACAUGGACAUAUACCAAAUCGACAUGGCCAAGCCGGCCUCCCCACUGUCCAUGGCCGCACCCACACCCGCCGCCACCUUCCAGGCCGCACCCGCCGCCUUCCUUUUCUCCAGGGCGAGCGCCGCCGCCUCCAGGCCGCACCCGCCGCCUUCCCUUUCUCCAGGGCGAGCGCCGCCGCCCUCCAGGCCGCACCGGCCGCAGCCUCCCAGCCCAUCUCUCCGUGCCCGCCGCAUCACCACAGGCCAUCUCUCCGCACCCGUCGCAGCACGCCAGCCCCUCUCUACGCGCCCUCCCAUCUUCAUGGCGCGCGCCGCCGCAUCUGGCGAGCCAAGCGGCCGCCGCAUCUGGAGAUGGGGGCCGGCCGCCAGCUCCAAAGUGGAAGGCGUCCCCAAGCUGAAACCCCAAGCUCCCGUUCGCCGCACCACGCCGCCGCGCACCGCGGGGUUCUCCGCCGCUCGCCGCAAGGGAGAUUGCGCGCCUGACAUGGCGGCCCCGUUCAUCUACCGCCCCUCCUCCGCCGCCGGCGGCGACGGCGACGGUGGGCAGGCUCUCUUCAAGGCGGCCACUGACGGCAACCUCGGCCGCCUAAAAGGCAUUGUAAAGAGUCUUACCAAAGAUAAAGGUGACACGUCGGCCAUCUUUUCUUUCAACACGGGUGGACUUUCUGUGUUGCAUAUCGCGGCAUCCUUUGGCCAUCUGGAGGUCUGCAAGUAUUUGGUGGAGGAGCUGAGGGGAGAUGUAAAUGCUCCUGGAUAUGGCCCUGCAGCUCGAGGCAUGAAUGCGUUUAUGGCGUCUGCUCAGUCUGGUGAUGUCCCAAUCGUAAAGUACUUUCUUGAUCGUGGUGGUGAUCUAAUGAAAGUAGAUGACAAAGGACGCACAGUUCUCCACCAUGCUGUGUCUGCAGGAUGUUGUAAGGUAACAGAGUUCCUCCUUUCAAAAGGAGUGCCAGUCGACGUGGACAGUGGCCGUGGAACCCCACUCUUUUUUGCUGCUACAAAUGAGCAGGAUAAGACACUGAAGAUUUUGUUGGACCACCACGCAAAUCCUAACAUCGUUGUGGGCGGUAUGGGAGAUCCCUUGUGUAUGGCUCUUACUUUCCGUUCAUUGAAGUGCAUGAAGCUACUAAUUAAGGCUGGUGCCAAUGUUGAUGGCAAGGGUUGCGCUAUGACUCCUUUGGUGUUUGCUACGGCACGAGGAGGAUAUACCAAGUUCAUUCAUUUUCUACUGAAGGCUGGCGCAGAUCCCAAUAUUCCCGAUGAUUUGGGUAGGUUGCCAGUAGAGAUUGCUGCGUUACGUGAUUGCAGGGAAGAGGUUGAAAUGUUGUUUCCUCUUACUUCCCCACUUCCAAAUGUCCCAAAGUGGACUAUUGAGGGAGUAAUUUCUCACGCGAAAACUGAAGCUAGAAAGCCAAUGGAGCAAAGGGACCGUGAAAGAAGGAAAGAUUUCUUAAAGUCACAGGCUGAUACAGCAUUCAAGCAGAAGGAGUAUAAGAUGGCAUCUGGGUUUUAUGAUUUGGCAAUAGCCCAUGGAGAGAGUGCAACACUGUAUGCAAACAGGAGUCUCUGUAAGCUGCUCAUGGGCAAUGGUGAAGAUGCUUUGUCAGAUGCUCUCAGGUGCAGAAUGCUGCGACCUAAAUGGGGAAAAGCUUGCUACCGACAAGCUGCAGCUCACAUGCUACUUAAGGAGUAUAAACAAGCCUGUGAUGCUCUCUUGGAUGCACAAAAAUUGGAUCCUGGGAAUGUCGAGAUUGAGAAUGAACUACGGAAGGCAAGGGAACUCAUGAAGAAUCCUUCUGGCGAUCGUGAGCAGUGAGGUGCGGCCCUGCGCAUUGGACUGCAGGCUGCAACAUGUGCCAGCUUUCACAAGAGUAGAGCUAGCAGGAACUCAUAGUCCCUAUGUUUUUUUGUUAGGAACCAAAAACUCUGAAAACUUGAUGCGAACCUUGCGUCUGCAGACUGUUGAGACGACUUUGUAUGAGAUUUUGUUAUGUGGCCCGUAUGCAGUCCUCUUUUGCAUGAGUAUGUUUGCAAUUCUAAAUA